CCGGGCUGAGCUGAGCUGAGUUGAGUUGAGUGAGGCGGGCGGGUCGAGCGGCAGCGGCUUCUGUACACGGUGAUGAGCUGAGAAGCUGGUCGGCAUGUGGAGCACCGCGCGUCGUCGCUGCUCAAUUUGAGGUCGUUUUCAAGCGCAUGAGGAUUCUGAGGGGACAUGAGUAACAGCGUCGGCUCUAAGGCGGAAGGCGCGGCCCGGCCGGCCGCCACGCCCGAUGGCCCGGUCUCGGCCUCCGCCAGCCUGCCGCAGCAGAUGCCGGCCGAAGGGCCUCCCUCGUCGCUGACGGACGUCACUGAGAUGUGGGUGAAAUUUGGCAAGACCUUCGCCGCCAUCUUGCCCAUCUACAUCCUGGGCUACUUGGAAUUCAGCUUCAGCUGGGUGCUGAUCGGACUGGCCGCCUUGUUCUACUGGAGGCGAGCUCACGGCAGCAAGGACUACAGGAUCAACCACGCCCUGGCCUUCCUGGACCAGGAGGACAAAGUGGUCAAGCGGACGCCGCCCACCGCCGAGCUGCCGUCGUGGGUCCACUAUCCAGAUGUGGAGAGGGUGGAGUGGCUCAAUAAGACGGUGAAGCAGAUGUGGCCGUUCAUCUGCCAGUUUGUGGACAAGUUGUUCCGGGAGAGCAUCGAACCGGCGGUCAAGGGGGUCCACCCGCAUCUCAGCUCCUUCUGCUUCUCCAAGAUCGACAUGGGCGACAAGCCGCUGAGGGUGAAUGGAGUCAAAGUGUAUACGGAGAACGUAGACAAGCGGCAGGUCAUCAUGGACAUGCAGAUCAGUUUUGUGGGCAACACGGAGAUCGACGUGGACGUCAAGAAGUACUACUGCAGGGCGGGAAUCAAGAGCAUCCAGCUUCACGGAGUGAUGCGUGUGGUGAUGGAGCCCCUCCUGGGAGACAUGCCUCUCAUUGGUGCGCUCUCCGUCUUCUUCCUCAAGAAACCUUUUCUGGACAUCAACUGGACGGGUCUGACCAACGUGCUGGAUCUUCCCGGGCUCAACGCUUUGUGCGACAACCUGAUCCAGGACAUCAUCUACAGCUUCCUGGUGCUGCCCAACCGCAUCACCAUCCCUCUGGUGGGCCAAGCUCAGCUGGAGAGCCUCCUCUUCCCUGUGCCCAAGGGCAUCCUGCGCAUCCAUUUCAUGGAGGCCCAGGACCUUCUGGGCAAGGACAAGUUCCUGGGCGGCCUCAUCAAGGGCAAGUCGGACCCUUAUGGGAUCAUCCGGGUGGGAAAACAGCUCUUCCAGAGCAAAGUCAUCCACGAUACGGUCAACCCCAAGUGGAAUGCCGUCUUCGAGGCUGAGGUCAUGGACCCCGAGGGACAAAAUGUGGAGGUCCAGUUGUAUGACGAAGACACGGACAAGGACGACGUGCUGGGAAGCGUCACCAUCGACCUGGGCGAGCUUGCCAAAGAGCAAAAAGUGGACGAGUGGUUCAGUCUGGAUGACGUGGCUUCGGGCAAGUUGCACAUGAAGCUGGAGUGGCUGUCACUGCUAGCCACACCUGACAAGCUGGACCAGGUUCUGGCCGACAUCCGCGCCGACCGCAGCAAAACCAACGACGGCCUCUCCUCUGCGCUGCUCGUUGUCUUCUUGGACUCGGCCCGCAACCUGCCGGCCGGGAAGAAAGUGACCAGCGACCCAAGUCCGUUUGUCGAGCUCAAAGUGGCUCCCAAGUCCCACGAGAGCAAGACGCGCUACAAGACCCACGAGCCGGUUUGGGAAGAAGCUUUCUCCUUCCUAAUCCACAACCCCAGGAUUCAAGACCUGGAGGUGGAGGUGAAGGACGCCAAACACGACGACUGCAGCCUGGGCACGCUGGUUCUGCCGCUGAGCCACCUGCUGGAGGCCGAAGACAUGACGCUCAACCAGCAGUUUCCUUUGCGCAGCAUGGGACCAAGUUGCACCCUCAAGAUGAAGAUAGCGCUGCGGGUGCUGCACCUGGGCAGAGAUGACGCCGCCGCUGCGUCCUCGGGCGCUGAGCGCAACCGGGCCUCGUCGGUCGACCCCGUGUCGCCGGACAGCGCGAGAGACAUCCUGCGCUCUCAAUCGGUGUCUGAGGCGGCUCUGCGGCGGCGGCAGCGGGAGGCACAGGAGGGUGGCACGCUUGCCGAGCAUGGCCGCAGUGCGUCGCAGGCGGCCAUCUUGGAAUCGCAACACUUUCUGGAGGGGGACAAGGAGACUACGCCCAGCAUCGCCUCGGAUAUUUCCAACCCCUACGCCGCUCAGGAGCUGCAGCAGAGACUCCAGCAGAUGCAGAAUGGCUCUGGUCCCAGCUACUUUCCGCUGGGGGAGAUCCAGCUGACGCUGAGACAUAGCUCCCAAAGGAACAAGCUAGUGGUGGUGGUCCACGGCUGCAGGAACCUGAUCACGUUCAGCGACCACGGGUCCGACCCGUACGUGCGCCUCUACUUGCUUCCUGACAAGAGACGCUCGGGAAGGAGAAAAACUCACACCUUCAAGAAAACGCUCAACCCCGUCUAUGAUCAGACCUUCGAGUUCAACGUGUCCCUGGUGGAGCUCCAUAGGAGGGUUCUGGACGUGGCUGUCAAGAACAGCGGAGGGCUGCUCUCCAGACACAAGGGUCUGCUGGGGAAGGUUCUGAUCAAAUUGGGCCCCGAAGAUGCCGCCAAGGGAUGGACGCAGUGGUAUGAGCUGAGCGAGGACGGCCACCAGAAGCCUCAUCAGCUCUAACGCUGCAAUUGGCUUGCUUCCUUUUGUUAGCUUUAGCGUGCAGCGGCAAAGCAGAGCUUGACUUUGAGGCAAGCUCUCACUAUUUAUGAUGGCCACGUGUCCUUUUUUGUGACUGCACAGCGACAUCAUGUGGCUGCAUUGUGUCGUCGUCUGUUUCUUUACCAUGUCUGCCAUCCACGCAAAAGGGCCAAAUUGAGAUGAACCUUUCCGGGACAAAUGCUUGGACUAGAUCAAUGGUUCUUAACCUUGUUGGAGGUACCGAACUCCGCCAGUCUCAUAUGCGCAUUCACCGAACCCCUCUUUAGCGAAAAAUUACAAAAAAAAAAUUCAAAUUCAAGACAUAGAUGUUUUUUA